AAUCAUUAUAUGCAGUAUUUUCCAAUACAUAAACGAACAAAGCUUUGAUAUUGAUUUCGUAACAAAUAUAAACGAUUGAUUUUUGUGUAUCAAAGAAGUAACAUGAAUUUUUCUAACUGUUAUAUUUUCUUUUUAAUACAUCUAAUCCAAUCGAUAGCAGCUGAUUAUGACAAUUUGUGGGCUAAUAAAUAUCCAAAUUGUGGCGGCUUGCAACAAUCACCAAUCAAUCUUGAUGAAAUAGAGCGAGAUGAUACCCAUUCGGUAUCAAUGAGAUUCAAGGAUUAUGAUGUUGUACCUGACUCGAUGAAAGUAGAAAACAAAGGACAUACUGUGCAAGUAACACCAACUUGGUAUACCACAAUACCAGCAGUCAUUAAGGAUGGCGUAUUAUAUGAAGUUCAGCAAAUGCAUUUUCAUUGGGGUUCCAAUAACGAUGAAGGAAGUGAACAUAUAUUCGAAGAUAGAAAAACAGUACUAGAAUUGCACAUUGUUCAUUGGAAUCCUGAGUUAGGUGAUUUUGAUGGACAACAAGGAGAAGGAAUACUUGUCGUUGGACUAUUAUAUGAAAUUGGUAAAGAUGAUGACGACUAUUCCAAUUCUUUGUUUAAUAUUUUAAACUAUGCAUUCAAAAUUGAAGAACCUAAAUCAGGACCUGUUUAUAUAAAACCAUUUGGAUUGGAAUCAUUAUUUUAUGACAACAAUUCUACAAAAUUUUUAACUUAUAUUGGAUCUUUAACGACACCACCAUGCAGCGAAGGUGUAUCAUGGGUUGUAUUAAAUUUUCCGUCCACAGUUAAUGACUACCAGAUGAAUCUGUUCCGAAGCUUUGAAUUAGAUGAUUGGGAUGAUCACAAUAACCGUCCUGUUCAAAAAAUCAAUGGACGAAAGCUCACUGAAGUCACACGUACUGAUAUUUAACCUAUUGCAUGCCCUAAGAAAGGGUUGCGUUCUAAUUUCACAAAAUAAAAUGCAAACGUUAAUUUUUUGUGGUCCGGAUAUACAGUUUUCUCAAUUUAUAUACAUAAUGUAGAGAAAAAGAUACAAUAAUAAU